UUCCUUUCAUCCGCCCCAUCCUUGCAAUCAUCACCGGCAACAUGAGGCGACGUGGACGAUGGCGGCGUGGUACUCCCAUUCUUCAGUUUUCAAGAUGCUCACUUGAAUAGCAGCGCAACCGCGUCUCCUCCAGACACGCCCAUUGCUCCACAAAUAAGUGCUUAGCACGAAAUCCCACCACCCAACACCGGCUCCUCCUCCUCCUCCUCCUCCUCCUCCUCCUCUUCACCACCAUCCCGAUGCCCUUCGCGACGGCGACUGGUGGCUCCGCCAGAGCGAGCUAUCCUGCAACUCUUGGGUCGGCGGAAGCCUUCUCCACGGCGGUCCGAGUCUGAUGGGUGCGGGCAUUUACCUUGGCAUUGUCUUCAAAGAUGGGUUGCUCGCAGAGUGGUACCUGGGCAGGACGGGUUGCAUUCACUACCGCUUCGUGGAGCACUUCGUCGACGCGUUCCUCAAGCUCACGAGGAACCACUUUUACGACGCGGCUCGCCAAGGCGACUAUGUGCUCAUCUUCCCGCUGUACCACGACCUCUCGCCUGAGCGCCUUGACGCGGCGGCAUGGCAGCAGCGAGCCACCCUCGAGAGCAUCUGGGCGACCCUGCUCAACAGCUUCGAGGCCCGCGAGCAGAGAUACAGGGGCAACACGGUGGACGUCAACGCGUCGUACCGGGCCUUCCGCCAGAAGUUCGGCCUGGUUGAGCUGGCGGGCGUGCAGGGCGGCAACAACACUCCGUGCUUCGAGGCUCCGGAGAUGGAGAAGAGCAGCGAGGAGGUCUGCAAGGGGCACCGCGGCCACGUCCAGAACAAGGACCUGCUCGUGGACAUCGGUCGCGAGAGGCAGUACAGGCAGAGGCUCCUUCCUGCCACCGCCAAUGGCGACGCCCUCGGCCACCUGCGUCUCCUCAUCCUGCACUUUGCUGCCGACCGCGCCUUCGUCAUGACGCUCUCGGCGCUUCUCUUCAGCACUGGCCUCGAAUGGCGCCACCCAAAGGACAACAAGAGGCAGCCAGCGUUCCUCGUCAACACCAUUCUGGAGCGCAAUGCCUACCGUGAGGCAGUCGAGGUCUUCAAGACGGGCGUAUGGAGGUUUGUGCUGACAGACGGAGAGCCCAGCUCGCUCCCCUGCGUGCCCUUGCUACAGAGGCCCUUGUUCGACAACCUGCUUCUCGUGGCGAUCGCCGACGGCAUGGACAAGGAGGUGCCACUCAACGCCAGGGUCGAGGCACAGAAGGAGCUCAUCCGCUGGAGCGAAGCGGACCGACCUCCUGCCGCAGAGUGGGCCAAGAUGAGCAAGGCGCACCAGAGGGCGUGGGACGGCUUCUGUCUCAUCAGCGGACAGGCCCACAUCCGCUUCCAUGACGUAGAGAUCGUCUGCCUGCGCCCGGCCGACGAGCGAGGACCAGUCGGAGAUGCCUUUCGCGCUCGCGCGGGGAUGGUGAGGGCGUACGAGUGCAAGCCCAACAUCCUCCACGCAGCCUGCCCCAUCAAGUUCGGAAAUCGUGGGAGCGGCAAGAAUCCUGCGGUCGAGCUCGGCAAGAAGCACGUCGCCGCCGAGCCACACUGGACGGCCACGGUCUUGCCCAUCGGCGCCACCUCCUUCACCAGCUGGCAACAUCUAAGCUUCGAAAGCCAAGCAAACCACAAGACAUCUACCUGGCGGCCCCUUCACGACGCCAUCGACGCUUGGAAGGCCUUUGAUCGUGCGUCUGGCAUGCACGUCGACGCCGACCUCCCCAGCCUCUUCCGCGGCGAGAAGAAGGCGCUGCUUCCGUCAACGUUGCCCAAAGUCCUCAUUGGGCGCAAGCUCACGAAGUGGACCGGAGGUGGAGCUUUCACAUACGCUAAGUACGUCAAGGGGAAGCAGCAGCACUUCCGCAUCAUCUGCUCGGCAGAAGAGCAGAGGGAGAUGGGCAUGCUGGUCAGCCCAGACGGGGAUACGUGGUGGCCCAAGGAUGACUUCGCGCCCGGCUCGGUCAACUCAGCUCGAGCUUUCGACUACAACAAGACGUUCAGGGCAGAGCACGAGAAGAAGUCGCGCGGCGAGCCGCUCUCGGACAGCGUCCGAGCCAAAAAGCUGCUCUCGCACGAGGCUGAGUCGGCCCGCGAGGCGAAGAAUGUCACUGCGGAGGACGGCGGCAGCGGAGGAGAAGGGGAUGCGGCAGAUAAGGCUGGGGGUGUGGUGCCCGAGGGGCAGGCCUAG